AAUAUUUUUGAUAAGAAAAUUUAAGGACAUUUUGCAUCUAUAGAUUCGCAUUAUAUAGGCAUACAGCUAUAUUUCUGAAUCUUCAGUAUGUAAAAUUUCCUUGAUUAUUUUUGGUGUGGUGAAAAUUCACAUGUAGACUCUCUUUAGGUUAGACAUUUUGGUAGGUACAUAAUAUAUGUAUUCUAUAGCCUACAGGACAACAUAGAUUAUAUAAGUACAUUUAAUUGAGGUAGCAAUUUUUUUUUCCAGCAUUUUUUUUAUAGUUAAUAAUAUCAUUUAUAGUUACCAUUCAACCAAACUACAUAUGAUACCCACAUUGUAGUUAUAUUCCCAAAUAAAUAAGCUAAAAUAAAUUUUAUAUUUCACUGUGCAAUAGAUUUAUCAUGAAUUUCACGAUUACUCUAACAUAAGAUAGGUCCUAAAUAUCCCUAGCCUCACGCCGUGAUAAAGCAUAUUUAAGUUCCCUAUACUCAGUUUUAAAUGGUUCACUGGAUAUUCCUAAACGGAAUACGGACAUCCGGCCGAAUCCAAACGGCCGACGGCUAUAUAGGCCGACAGUCAGAUAGCCGAAACUAUUUUAGCCGACAAGGUCAAAAGGCCGACACUACGAAAAGCCGACACUAAAAUAAAUUAAGUAUAAGCUAUACAUUUUCAAUUCGAUAACGUAGUGUUGUCUUUUGUUGUAAUAAUGUUAUCGAUAACUUAUCGAAAUUUAACGAUACCUAAUACCUAUAGCCUGUAAUCUACAGUGGGUAUUGCUAUUGCAUGUUCAUAAAUACUGUUUCAGUUGAUUCGUAACCACGCCGCGUCUUUGCAUUCAUUUUUGUGUCGUUGUUUAAUUUAAUUUAUGUAUUUGCAUUAAAUAAUUAUGGAAUAUAAAAUUGAAAUUUUUGGUACAAAAUUAUUAAUUGACAAUUUUAUCAUGAUUAAAAACAAAAACCGUAACAAUAAAUAUUAUUGGGAAUGUGAAAAGAGGAAACAUACUAAACGGCAUAAUAGUAAUAAUGAAUAUUGUAAUGCAAGAGCAGUAACAAUUCUUGUUGAUGGUAAUCAUAUUGUUAAAGAUAAUUCUUUUUUAAAUCACAACCAUGGGCCUGACCCAUGCCGAUUGUUGGUAAAGAAAAACAUAAAAUAUAUUGUUUCAAAAGCUCUGUCUUCGAGAGAUAAACCUUCGCAAAUAAUACAGGAAGCAACGAGUCGCAUCCCCGUCAAUUCUCAGCCAUACAUGCCAUCAGUUGAAGCAACGCGAAAAAUUAUUUCACGGUGUAGAAAACAUCAGAAUCCACCAGAACCAACAAGUCUUUCACAAAUAGAUAUUCCUCUUAACUUAUGUAAGUCUUUUAAUGGUCAAACAUUUUUACUAAAAGAAAGUACUAUUGAGAGUCACAAAAUAUAUAUUUUUUCUACUAAAGAUGAAAUAUCAAAACUUGUCAAUGCCAAUUAUUGGGUUAUGGAUGGUACAUUUAAAACUGUGCCAAGUAUAUUUUUACAAAUGUACACCAUACAUGCACCUGUUGGUGGAAAUAAUUCUAGAAUUUUGCCAUUAGUAUAUGUUUUAAUGACCAGUAAACAACAAUGUUGUUACGAACGUUUAUUCGAAGACCUAAUAUCAAUUUGUGAUGAUUUCGGUUUCGAUGUUUCACCAAAAUGUAUUAUAACAGAUUUCGAAAAAGCUGCAAUUAAUGCAGCUAAUAAAGUAUUUCCAGAAUGCCAACAAAAAGGGUGUUUUUUUCAUUUAGGCCAAAAUAUUUGGCGAAAAAUCCAGUCUAGUGGAUUGGCUACUAAAUAUGGAGAAAAUGAAGAAUUUAGUUUACAACUUCGAUGUAUGUGGUCACUUGCAUUUUUACACCCAUCAGAUAUACCUAAUGCUUUUGAUCAAUUGAAAGAUUCAUUACCCUAUGACAUUCAAAAUUACUUUGAAGAAAAUUACGUGCAUGGAAAAGUACGAAGGAAAUUUAGAAAUGGAAUAGUAUCUCGAUAUGAGCCAUUGUUUCCACCAUCAUUUUGGUCAAUACAUUUCAAUCAUGAAAACAAUAUUCCAAGGACACAAAACAAAGUCGAAGCAUGGCACAAAAGAUGGAAAGUAUUAGUAGGAGCUGAUCACGUUGGGGUGUAUCGUAUAAUUGAGGAAAUGAGAAAAGAGCAACAACACGUUGUGGGGCAAAUUCAAAUUAUUUUAUCCGGACAAGCAAGGCCAAAACAAAGUUCAAAGUACGUAAAACGUCAAAACCAAAUUCAAACUAUUCUAAAUGAUAAAGAAAACAGAACAACCCUCGAGACAAUAAGAGGUAUUGCAUACAAUUUGCACUAUUAAUUUUUAUUUAUUAACAUUUAACUAUAUAACAUAAUUAUCAAUUAUAAUUUUAUAAACUAUUAGUAUUUUUUAUUUUUUAUGUAUAAAUAUCAAAUUUUUUAAUUUUUAAAACAUAUUAGGAAUAUAAAAUGUACUCAAUAAUAAUUUAUUAGUAUUUUUUAUUUUUAUGUAUAAAUAUCAAAUUUUUUAAUUUUUAAAACAUAUUAGGAAUAUAAAAUGUACUUAUAAUUAUUAACAAUACACUAAAUUUUAUUUUUAAGAAUAAGUAUCACCUAUAUAUAUAUAUCUGUGUGUGUGCAUAAUUUACCUAUCUCAACAUAAAAUUACUUAAUCGGCCAUUUAAUAUGUCGGCCUAAUGCGUGUCGGCCUAUAAAUUUGUCGGCCAUUUAGUAUGUCGGCCUAUUGCGUGUCAGCCAAAUGUCUGUCGACCAAAUGUCUGUCGGCCGA